GAAACUAAAGAAGAAGAAGAAGAAGAAGAAAGCAAGAAACUGUAGUAACCGUGGCUAACAUGCUAACUUUUCCAUUCCGUAUCACGUAACGUUACGUUAACAUAAGAUACAGUCGGAAUGAACCACCAGAGUCUUUAUAUUCGGAUAAACUUGUUGUGUAAACUUUCAGGAUGUUUUACCCAAUGGUUUCACCCCAGACUCCUCUCCUGUUAGCCAACAAUGUUAGGGGGAGUUAGCAGGAAAUAGACGGGGCCGGCGCACAGUGCUAGUCACAGUAGCUAGAUAGAGACCUAACAGUUAACAGUAUUCUUCACGGACCCAGGAGUCCAGAUGCCCACAUAGACCAGCCUGAAUAGACUCUGUGCUCUCCCCUUUAUUGGAACACGUCUAACAUCUGAAUUACCUCACUGUGUCCAACGAAGCUAAUGAAGUUAACUUAGCUUGCUAGCUGCAAAUAGACGAACGCAAACGUAUUCAAAUUCAACAACACCGCAGAGUGACCAGACAGAUAAACUGAGUGUGUUAGGAGGGAAAGUUUCUGUAAAUAUAUAACAAUGUAUCAAUGCGAGUACGAGGAGGGACGCAAACUACUGGACGCUGAUAUCAAGACUGAAGUCCAGUUAGAAACAGACGGCCAGCUGCUGUUGGUGAUUAAAGAAGAACCUCUCUAUGAGCAGGAAGAGAACCCCAGUCUGGACCAGGAGAAUCUACCAGGGCUGCUACAUAUUAAACAGGAACAGGAGGAACUGUGGACCAUUCAGGAGGGAGAGCAGCUUCGAGGGCUGGAGGAGGAGGCUCCUGUCCCUGUGAAGAGUGAAGAAGAUGAUGAAGAGAACCCUCUGUCCUUACAGUUUCAUCCAAUCCAAAGUGAAGAGAACGGAGAUGCAGAGCAUUUGCAUUUUAAAACAGAAGCUGAUGGAGAGGACUGUGGAGGAUCAGUACUAGCCAGGGACUUCAAUCCAGAUGCUCAUUUACUACCAGCGACUCAUGAUAAAACGUCAAACUCCUCUGAAGCUGAGACUGACGACAGUGACAGUAGUUUCGAUUGGGAGGAGAUCAGGAAAUCUGAGUCGAAGUUAAACCGUCUGCAAAACGAUGAAGCACCUGAUAACCCCUCUGAAUGUGCGCAGCAACAGACAGGAGUGAAACCAUUUAGUUGCUCAAUCUGCGGUAGCAAAUACUCCAGGAAGUACUCCUUAACGGCUCAUAUGAGACUUCACUCAGAAGGAAAACGUUUCAGCUGCUCGGUGUGUAAGAAAACCUUUCAACAGAGCGGAAAUCUGGUGGAGCACAUGAGAGUCCACACGGGAGAGAAACCCUUCAGUUGUCCUUUCUGCGACAGAAGAUUCGCUCACAGCUCGGGUUUGACUUCACACAUACGAGUUCACACGGGAGAAAAACCUUUCACAUGCUCAGUUUGUAAAGCAAGUUUCAGUUUCAGCAGCAAUUUGUCCGCGCACAUGAGAAUGCACACUGCGGAUAAACCCUUUGGAUGUACGGUUUGUGAGAAGACAUUUUCGAGAAAGGAGUACCUGACGCAACACUUGACUGUCCACAUGGAGGAGAAACCAUUUAGUUGUUCGGUUUGUGGUAAAGGAUUUCGAGACGGGGGAACUCUGAAACGACACUUGCCUGUCCACACGGGGGAGAAACCAUUUAGUUGUUCGGUUUGUAGUAAAGGGUUUGCAGAUAAAAGAAAUCUGACACGACAUUUGAAAAUCCACAACAGGGAGAAGUGUGUUGGUGAGAGCAGCGGAAGUAAAUGAAGAGAUGCUUAUUAAGCCAGUUUCUUCCAGCAGGACUGAAGACUGAGGGCAACACUUGGCUCAACACUGAUCAGUUCAGUGUUACACACUCAAAUAUAGUUAGUUUCCUUUGUUUCAUCUACAUGAUCAUUUAAAUGUUGUGUUCCUUUUCUGGGAACUGUGCUUUUUGGUACUACAUGUGUUAAAAUUGUCUAAAAUAUUGUAUUGUAAAGUAUUGUAUGUCACCUAUACAGCACUAUGGUCCAUAUUUUAUUUUAUAAAAUAAAAUAUGUAUUGACAU